AUGUUCUCCAAGUUAAAGAACUUCUCCGAGGAUCUUGCUAAGACCAUCAACCAGGAUUUAAUAGCGGCGGAGGGGACCAAUGGUGGAAAGAAUGCAAUCAACCAGAGACGCCAGGCUGCCGCGAUCAAAGAGUUGAAGAAUGGGGACCAGGUGCUUCAAACUAGUACGCCAGCUGCGAGUGAAUUGACCCAACCGGAGGACGAACCGGAAGAACAAGAAGUAGGAGAUGCGGACAAGGCAAGAGAAGGAAACGAAAUCGGUAAAGUAGACGAAAAAGGCGAGAAGGUUGGCCAAGACGGUGCAGAGAAGAAGGAAGGCGGAGACCCAGUCGCUAGAUCGAAAACUGCCACGCCCGUUCCCCAGCAAAGUCGGUCACCCGUCCCUUCAUCGACCAUUGGCAUUGAUAUAGAGUCCCUCCCAACUGGAAUAAGAUCCAAAAUGAAAAAGUUUGCCAAGUAUGAGGAGAAAUAUCCAGUGUUACUUGAUGCUUACAAAACAGAAAAGAGAAAGACAGACUUGAUAGCGAUCUUCGAGAAAAUCUUGCAAGAGCACACCCCUGUUACGAGCAUAUCGGAUGCUGGACUGCUCGUUGAGUACUUGAACGGGUUGAACGAAAAGACAAGCAUGCUAAACAGCGAGUUUAGGAAAGUUACAGGCGAAAACGCCAAGUUGUUGAAGGAGAAAAAGCAGCUCGAGCUGAGCUUAGUUGAAUUCGAAAGAUCACAGGCAAAGAGUAAAGGAGAUAUUAAGGAAUUAGAGAGCAAAAUCGAUGCCUUGACGACUGAGAUUGAAAGUCUCAAAGCGAAUGAAUCGACUACAGUAGAUCUGUCAGUUAUUGAGGAGCUUGAAGCUAAGCUUGAAAAGAAGGAAUUCGAAUUGAAAGAAGUGGAAUCUAAGUUGAAAGAGAGUGUUGAUAAUGAAGAGAAAGUCCAAUCGAUCCGUAAAGAGAAUGAUACGUUGAAAGCAGAUAACACCAAGCUAACAGAAGAGCUCGAGUCAAAGGAGUCUGACUUCACUAAGGAGAUUAAAUUAUUGAAUGAAAAAAUUGAAGAACUUAAGGAUAAAACAGCAUCCGCAGUGCUAUCCACUGCUUCCACCCACGACUCUAAGCAAGAGACAGUAAUCCCUGCAAGUUCUGCUAGCAAUGAGAACAAUCUGAGCAAUAACAAAAAGAAAAAGAACAAAAAGGGAGGUAAUAAAGGCGGCAACGUUGCCACCACUGUUCCUGCUGCAAAGCAGGCGGUUGAUGAAGCUGAAUUAUCAACCUUGACAAUGAAAUACGAAGCACUCGUUAAGGAACACGAUGAAUUGUACGCUAAGUACACGUCAACUAAGUCCAAAUUGGAGCUGAAAGAAGAAGAUUUGGAAAACUUGAGAGAUCUGUUAAAGAAUAUUGGCAAUGACUUAGUUCAAGCUAGAGAAGAAAUAAAAGACUUGAAAAGUAAUUCAUCGAAUGACGAUGAAUUGAGUGGCCUUAAGAUUCAAUUAAAGGAAAAUGUACUGGAAGUUCAAAAACUUUCAGGAACAGUAGAACAACAAUCAAAAGAAAUCGCUAGUCAAAAAUCUAAAUUGGAAGACCAAGAAAAAUUGAAAUUAAGAAUCACUUCGCUCACGAAAGAACUUGACAGCGUAAAGGAAGAGAAAAUUGCCUUGAAUAACAGAAUCAAUGAACUUACCAAAUAUAAGGCCAAUGAUUCUUCAUUAAAACUUGAAAUAUCGACUCUCCAAGUUUCCAUUAAUCAUAAAGAUACCAAAAUUAAAGAUUUAAGUAGUAAGGUUGAAGAAUUGACCAAGUUGAAAGAGGAGCAAAGGGAAACGAUUCAAUUCCUUAAGAAUGGUCAACAGGAAUUACAAUAUAGCAACAAAACAUUAAUCAAUGAAAAGAAUGAAUUAGUAAAUAAGCAAGAAUUGUCAUUUGAGAGAGCUCAAUCUUUAAGUCUGGAACUUUCGAAACUCCAAACUGAAAAGCAUUUAGUAAAGACGGAGCUAGACAACGUCAAGACUAAAUAUGAUUUGUUACUAAAGCAGAAAUCCUCGUCAAGCGAAGAUUUCCAAUCAUUCAAACAACAAUAUGAAGAGCUUAGCAUGAAAUCAAAAGAGUCAUUGUCUAGAAUAGACAGUUUGGAAGACGAGCUUAAUGAAGCUAGGAAUAUGCUUCAAGAACGUACGAGAGAAGGCUCAAGCAUAAGGAGAGCAUUACUUGACUCAGAAGAUCAAAAUAAAUUGAAAGCCUCUGAAUUCAAAGCAGAGUUGAAGAAAUGGAAAGAAGAAAAGUUUAUGAUUGAGAGUAAUUUCCAAACAUUAAUUAAGAAGAAGCAAAGGGAAAUCGAUGAGAGCAAAUCGAUCACUUCAAAUUAUUUAUUGAAAAUUCAAGAAUUAGAGGUCAGAUGUAAUGAGUUGAAGGCUAAAUAUGACGAUCUUCAAGAGCAGGGCACUAGUAAAUCCAAAUUCGCUAAUGGUGCAGGAGAUAGUGCUGAUUUUGAAGAUGCUCAGCAAACUAUCGAAACCUUAAGGAGUUCGUUACAAAAUUCAAGUAAAAGAGUCAAAGAAUUUGAAAACUUAAAUAAUAUAUUGAAGAAACUUAAUGAAGAGGCCAACCUAAAGUUUGAAAGGCUAUCCAAAAAUUAUAAGAUUGUCACACAACAGUAUAAGCAAGCUAAAGAUGAUGCCAACAAUUCAAGAAGAGAGAGUACGAGCAGCAUAAGCAGUAGAGGAAGUAAUGGUGCACUCAAAGCUACGGCUGCGGAUUUGGAAGGUAAGAGAUCCUUGGACGGAAGUGAAGAUGGAGAAAAGGGCAAUGGCAAUUCACAACAAAAUAUAGCAUAUUUGAAGAAUGUCUUGCUUGGUUACUUUGAACAUAAAGACCAGCGAGAAAUGCUUUUACCAGUGCUUAAGAUGUUAUUUCAGCUUAGCCCCGAAGAUGAAAUGAAAUUCACGCAAGCUGUUAAAUAA